AUAAAUACCCAUGAUCAUGCCUUAACUCUACAGUCAACAUCUUAUUUGCUUAUCAUGAGACUUUGGGCGUUGUUUCUAAUUCUCUCCUUGGCAGUUGCUGCCCCUACUACCCUCAAACCUCCAUCUGAAGAUGACUUCUAUAACCCACCUGAUGGGUAUGAAGAUGAGGAACUCGGUACCAUCUUAAAGUGGAGAACACCUCCCGCCAGAAUUAGAAGUAUUUACUUCCCAGUUAAUGUUCAAAAUACCUGGCAAAUGCUUGUUAGGUCAGAAGAUGAGUAUGGUAAUGCAACAGCCAUAGUAUCGACUAUUUUUGAACCCUACAAUGCCAAUUCAAGUAGACUCGUUGCCUACAAUGUGGCAGAAGAUGCCUCCAGUAUCGAUUGUUCUCCAUCCUAUACGUUUGAAGGUGGUGGUGGAAUUGGAACCAUCAUAGGAAAAGCCGAAAUGAUUUUGAUCCAAGGAGCCUUAGAAUUGGGUUAUUAUGUUGUUUCCACCGAUUAUGAAAGUUCUAUAGGUGCAUUCACGGCGGGACCCUUACUGGGAAUAUCAGUAUUAAAUACCAUCAAAGCCACAUUAACCACCUCCAAUACCACUGGUAUUAAUCCUGACUGUGAAAUUGUUCUCUGGGGAUACUCCGGUGGAACCAUCCCCGGAGGAUGGGCUGCCGCCAUGCAACCAUCAUACUACGAGGAGCUUACCGGACAAUUGAAAGGUGCUGCUUUGGGAGGUUGGGUCACCAACAUCACUGCUACUGCUGAGAUUAUCGACGGAACCAUUUUCGCGGGGUUGACUCCAAAUGCUAUUACCGGACUUGCUAAGCAAUAUCCUGCUAUUAACGAUGCUAUUAACGAAUAUAUCACCGACAAAACCGAGAACGAAGACUUCAACAGUGCUCCAGACUACUGUUUACUUCCUUCGGUGCUCCAUUAUGCAUAUGACCAAUUUUUCACGGGUCCAGACCCUUGGGCCAAAAGUGGGUGGUCAAUUCUCUCAGAAGAAAGGGUGAAAACCGUUCUCAACGCAAACACCUUGGGAAUCGACGCUACAAAAGAAUACUUCCCUGAGAUCCCCAUGUUUGUAUUUCACGGCCGUAAAGAUGAAGUUGUACCUUUCAAAGAUGCUCAAAGAGUGUAUGAUGUGUGGUGCGAUGCAGGUAUCGAGUCUUUUGAAUUUGCAACUUCCAACUCUACCGGACACAUUUUAGAAGUGAUUGAGGGAAGUGGAGCUGCUCUUAAGUGGAUCAGUGAUAUUUUCAAUGGAGUGCCUCCCAUCAAGGGAUGUAAACAAACCCUGAGACUGACCAACUUGUUAUACCCUGGAGCUUAUAAAGGAUACUAUGAAAUUCUUACUGCUUUAAUUGAAAACGUUGCAGGCACGAAAAUUGGUCCAAGUGACUCGGAGAAUGUCAAGAGAUGGUUGGAGCCAGAGCUCAAAAAGAGGGGGAAAUUGUAGAAUGUAAGAAUACUAUUUGUAUAGUUAAUUGAUUGAUUUGCAGCCGCAGUGGUGAUGAGAUGAGCCAAAUGAGCCACAGUCCAUUUGUGUGUAGUAGAACUUUGAGGAUUCUUCUUUGAUGAUCUUUAGACUUGGCCGAGCCUCAGCUAUCAGUGUGUGGAUGUUUUUGCACGGGUUAUCACCUAUUGUGUGAUUGCCGAUAUCAAUGUCGAUGUGUCGGCCAUGUCGCACAGUGUCGUACAGUGUCGUACCCUGCGGUUAUCCUUAUCAGCAGAACCGUGAUGGCGUGUGCCCACCGUGCUGACCCUACUGUCUCCUUACAACUCUCCACAUAAUCACCAACUACGUGUACCCUUGUCAACAGCCGCCUUCUCACUUGUUCUUCUUCAAGGGUCCUCCCAGAUCACGUCUCAAACCUUCGUUCUUCCUGAACCGGAAAAAAUUACAUUCUUUGCACAACUGUGGUGACUGAUUGUGAUCAGGACUAAAAAAAGCGUGAGACAAAAGUUCCUGCAAAGGCAAAAAAAUACAUAUAUACUACAUUAGAAUAAGGGAUAUUACUCAUCCUUUUUUCUGUAUUUAUAUAUUUACAUCCAGUUUUCCAUCUCCAUUUAUUCAGUUAAAUGGAAAUCAGCUACUGGCAACUUUAAUCCCCCAUAGGUUUGAACUGUUGGCUUUACUUUCUUGAGAGAAUCGUAUCCGUGUUUGUUACAGACGCUCCGUUUUCUAUUUUAUACAUACACCUGGUUCUGUUAUCUUCCUGAACCCCAUCCUCCUCCCACUCGCUUUUAAGUGUUUCCCUUGGGCCCAGUAGCGUGUUUGGGUAUUUCGACGCCUUCCGUACGUCCUUGAUCAGGAGUCAUUCCUAGAUCUGUUAUCAGUCACACCAAUUUAAAUUCUUUGUGACUUC